GUUUGUCGGUGGUGGCGCUCCAGUCUCGGUUCUGGCUCUGGACUCUGAUUGCUGCUGGCUGGCGGCGGUUUGCUUGCUUGCUUGCUUGCGUUCGUUCGUCGAAAUGGCAAUGUUGGCAUUCUUGCUUUGAAUGUCAAACAGUGCGGUUGUCUCUUUUCGGUGCUCGUAGUUUAACACCAAAAAAGUAAAGCAACAGUUUUAUAACAAUUACAUAUAUACAUAGAUAUAUAUAUAUAUAUUUUUUUUAAAUAAUUAAAUGCCACACUUUGCAAACGGUUCUAACGAAUUAUAUUCUUAAUUUUCAUAAUCUAAAAAUAGGAAUUUUUCAUUUACAUAAAUUACAGUACUUAAAAACGCAUUCUAAGCGAAUCAAAAAAAAGUUUUGUACUGAGCAAAGACUGUUCGACGUUUCUUCGUAUAACGAUUGAUUGCGUAGCUACGCCGCGUAAACGUUUGCAUAGUUUAGUUUGGAACAUUCUGGAACAGUUUGAAAAGCAUUUGAAAACUCGCGGCAGUGCUUUUCAAAACUUAAUACAUACAUGCUUACAUACGUACUUAAGUAAAACGCGACAUCGUAAUAACGCAAUUGCAUAAGUCGCUUAAGGCUCGUGAAACAUACUUAAAAAAAAUAUUCGGCAAAAUAUUCGUUUAAGCACUGCGCACGAAAUUCGCAACCCAUCGGAAUUGAUUAACGAAAACGCAAACACAGAGGCCGAGUCAGAAUCCAAAAGAACAUAAAAGUCGAAGAAUAUCGGAUAUUGCGUUUGGAAUAUUGCGGAGCUGUUGUCACCUUUGCGAACAUGAGUUUCCACAAGAGUGAUUCACGCACGCCGCUGGCGCCAACAUCAUACACCAAAAUCCCGACAGUAUCGGCGAGCUAUGACAACGAGACGCACACCGGUUCGAGGAGUAGCGCGAUCAACUCGAGUCAGCCAAAAUUCAUACGUUCGGAUAUGGUUGAUGUGCCGGCUCAGCAGGCCGCCGGAUCCACGUUGCCAUUGGUGUUGACACGAAAGAAAGGCGACGAAGAGGAUGUCAAUUAUAAUCCGUUCGAGCACCGGAAAGUGGAUCAUCCGACCUCCGACAUAGAGACCUUCGUGCAUCUGCUGAAGGGCUCACUCGGUUCGGGUAUCCUUGCCAUGCCUAUGGCCUUCAUGAAUGCCGGUCUAUGGUUCGGUUUGGUGGCCACCUUCGCUGUCGGCACCCUCUGCACCUACUGCGUACACAUACUCGUCAAAUGCGCGCACAUCCUUUGCCGGCGGCGUAAGAUCCCCAUGAUGGGUUUCGCCGAUGUGGCCGAGCAAGCCUUCCUCGACGGUCCGCCCGGUUUGAAUCGCUGGUCUCGUUUCAUCCGUUUCAUAGUGAAUGUUUUCCUGGUGAUCGAUUUAAUUGGUUGCUGUUGCAUUUACCUCGUAUUUGUCGGCACGAACGUGAAGGCGGUGUUGGAUGAGUACAUGGCGGAAGCGUUGAGCAUACGUGUGUGGAUUGUGAUUGUCACCUGUCCACUGCUGGUAAUGUGCCUCAUUCGCAACCUGAAAUUCUUGACACCCUUCUCGAUGUUCGCCAACGUGCUGAUGUUUGUGGGCAUUGUGAUUACAUUCAUCUAUGUGUUUGACGAUUUGCCAGCACCGGACGAACGCGAUGGCAUUGUGGCACCAGUGCAGUGGCCACUCUUCUUCGGCACUGUGAUCUUUGCGUUGGAAGGUAUUGGUGUAGUAAUGUCGCUGGAGAACGACAUGAAGAAUCCGUCGCAUUUCAUCGGCUGCCCCUCGGUAUUGAACUUCGGCAUGGGUGUUGUCAUCUCGCUCUAUACGCUGGUUGGCUUCUUUGGCUACUUGAAAUAUGGCGCUGAUACACAGGGCAGCGUUACGCUGAAUCUGCCCAAGGAUGCGAUUUUGGCGCAAUCUGUGAAGCUCAUGAUUGCCACCGCUAUCUUCUUCACCUUCACGCUGCAGUUCUAUGUGCCAGUCAGCAUCAUUUGGAAGGGCAUUUCGCACAAAAUCUCUGAGGAGCGAAAGAACAUAAGCGAAUAUGCGCUGCGCAUUGCCUUGGUGGUGCUCUGUGGCGCUAUCGCGGUUGCGUUACCCAACUUGGGUCCCUUCAUUUCGCUGAUCGGCGCUGUGUGCCUUAGUACGCUCGGCAUGAUCAUACCGUCGAUCAUCGAAUUGGCUGUGUAUCGCGAGGAACCCGGCUACGGGCGCUUCAAGUGGCGUUUGUGGAAGGACAUCGGCCUGAUUAUCUUCGGCAUUGUCGGCUUCGUCACUGGCCUGUACGUGAGCAUACUCGAGUUCCAUGCCGAGUUCAGUGGCGGCCAUGUUGGAGGCCACUCCUCAUAGAUCGCACAUGGCUUAGCGUCGUGACCUGCAGUAUCACAAAAUCAUAAAAUUAAUAAUGAGCGAUAAUAAUACAUAAUGAUAUACAUACAUAUAUACAUACAUACUUAGCGUUAGUUACGUAGUGUAGAAUUCGAAGUAAAACGAAUUAAACCAAUUGCAACUUUAUGUUAAUGCGCGGAGACUUUGCAUAUCGGCAAGAUGAUUUUAACAAAACCAAAAUAAGCGAAAUUUUCAAGUUAACAGAUUUCAAAAGUAAAAAAAAACGUAGCAAUAUAAGCAAAGAAAUUAACAGUAACCAUUUGCAUAACUAAGAAACAAAACAAAAAUCUUGCACAAAAACCAAAAAAAAAAAAACAGAACAGAGAUGAAAAUUGAACAAAUUACCGUUGAAGUUUGUAGCGAGAAUUGCAAUGGGCUAAACACAGUUGAUCUACAUAUUAUGUAUAGUAAUGUAAGAUUUUUAUUUAGUUUGUAACGAAAAAUGUUUGUAUGUAGGAAUUUUAGUUUCAGUUGCCGCCGCCCAACAGCAACAGCAGCAGCUGGCUGGCUGGCUUGCCAACGGCGGGCGAGCGGGCGCGGCAACGGGAGAGUAGUAACCAGGUAGUCGUAAUAAUGUAGUAUUUUUUGUUCCUUCGCCGGCCGCGUCCGACUGUGCCCGGCUGGCGAAUUGCAAUUGGUCUGUGAAGCUUUGUUUUUUUCUUUUGUGUCUGCAAAGAAACAAAGAAUUUAUUAUUAUUUCAAUUAAUACUAAUUUACUAAACAUUUUUUUUUAUUUUUAACCGAAGUAUUCACUUUGUGUGGUUAACAUGGCUGUUAGCGCAGAUUACCGUAGUACAGAUAGUCUGUGAAAAUAUUUUAAAGUAAAGUUAAUGGAAAUGGAAGAAUGCUUUAAUUUAUGAAGUACCCAAUAAUUGUAGCCGGAAUUGUGACUAUGCAGUGACGACGUCCUUAGUGUUUAUUUCAUACAUACAUACAUACUUAAUUAUUUGAUGGCUACCCUGCAAACCUAGUAGGGAAAUCUUAAAGAAUUACAAAAAAAAAAUACAUAGGUGUCUGAAAUGAAAUGUAGUUUGAUACUUUUCAAAAUUUCGCAGGGAAAUUGGUAAAGUAAUGAUAACAGUGCUGCGCUCGGACGAAAUCUCUAAGAAAUUGUACAGAAAUUUCUUUUCGAUUUUCUUUGAAAAUUCGUAAGCAAAUCGUUACAGAAUUCGUAAGACAUUUCUGAUACUCUUAAAGAUUUCGCUAAGAUUUUGGAAACUUUGGUUUGCGGGGUAAUUUCGCUGCUUUUAGUUCAACAUAGAGACGUUUUGCUUUUAGUUUUGAAUAUGAAAAAAAAAACAAAAACUUUACUCGUAUUUGUCAGUUAGAUAAGCAUUGAAAGUGGUUUCGUAAACGAAUGAAUUUAUUGUAUUUUGCCUUCGACGCGUUUGACGCCAGCGAGUAGCGAGUAGCGAGCAGCGAGCAGCAAACGUGGCCACAUGACAAAUUUACUAACUUAUUUUAAAGUAUCUAUUGUACUACUACAUAAAACUAUUGAUUGUUGCAAAUGUUCCUAACACUAACACACACACACUUGUGUUGUUAAUAUUUUAAAAUAAGUCAUUCAGGGUUUUCGCAAAGUUAAAAAACACAUUCUCACCACUUAACACACACGCACACGCACACAUAUAAACAUACAAAAGUACAUGCGCGUGUAUACAGCAUUGGCAAAAAGUAAGGGUUAAGUUCAAGAUACAACAAC